UGGGUGUAUUGUUUCUGCGGAUCGCAGGACAAUGAGAGUAUUGCCGGUCGUGUUGGGGAUUGGAAAUCGGCGGUGUGCUUACCGAUGAUAUGGUGGGCCAUGGAAAUGGUCGGGACUACGAUGGUAGCAACCACAAUCGCGGACGUGACUAUGGCGGACACCGCGUGUAUGGUAGAGGACACCGUGGCUAUGAGAGCGACCAGAGUGAUGGAGGGGAUAGGAGCUAUGAUGGCGACCAGAGGUUGGGAGGCGAAAGGAAUUUUGAUAGAGGCACGAGGCGUCAGGCUUUGGACCCAUUGGAGUCGAAAGUAGUCGAGAUCGGCAAGAGGGUUGCAGCAGUUUGCCAAUACGUGGAAGCGGAGCAGCAGAAAAAGGUGGUGAAAGAGCGAAGGAAGGCAGAGCGGAAGGAAGCCGAGGAACGGGCCGAGGCCGAACGAGCAGCGGUGGUGCUUAACAAGCAAAGGAAGGAGGAGCAAGCACGCAAGGAGGCGGAUGCGAAGGAAGAACUGCAUAAGAGCUUGGCCAUUAGGAUGGUUGUGCGGGUGGGAGAACUGCGCGAGGAGGUGCGUGAGGACGUCCGACAGAAGAUCCGCGAAGCGAUCAACGAGUUGUGCAUGAUUGUCACUCACUGGAAGCAUAAAAAAAAGGAUCCCGUUGAGUUCACGGCGGGGAGUAGGGCUAGUAGUAGCAAAACUGAGGAACUGAACCUCCAGACACGACGUUUGUGUGUAUCGGAGAAGCGUAAACGUGGACCGGAGGUGCCUAUUGAAGGCAGUCCUCCGAUGGAGCUACCUUCCAAGCGCACACCUGUACGUGCGGUACAAGGAGCUGGGGGAACAAGAAGGCUGACAAGAGCGAGGACGUGCAAACAGAAGGUUGCCACGCCGAAGAAGACACCACCGUCGAUACGUAAGAAGACUCCUGCGACUAUUGGUGUAGUUGGGAGACUGCGAUUCGAAAAACGGGUUCUUAACGACCUUAAGAAUCUUGACGCUGUCGUUCUGCAGAAUAUAUGUAAGGAUGAGAGUAUUCCUUAUAAUAGAAAGUUUGGAGUGAUUUUUGAUAUCGCUACGUAUCGUACGCAUGUUGCGUAUGGAACUGACAAUGACGAGGAGUUGAUUGCUCCACCGGUGGUAAGUGCGGAUGCAGUGGCCGAGGAAGAUCGUGAGGAAAAAGAGGGGUGAUGUGCCUUCAGUAUUGCCGACUUGUGGUGCAUUGUCCGGUGCUGGACGAAGUUACGUACUCUAAUUGAUGUCGUUGAUACUCGUAUUGAGGAGCUGCUGAGACUUGCGGUCGUGAAUUUGUCUCUGUAUGGGGUCAUACGUUGGACUUGGAAAUGUAUCGAUUCUUGGGUGCGGUUAUUAGGCACUUUUGGACCUGAGUUCGUGAACAUUCGGUCUAGUGUCUAUGUGGCGGUGUCGCCAUAUUGUAAAUCGCUCUGUCGGGAAAACCACUAUAGACACCUAGAUGUCUGAUGACGUGAACACAUUUAUGUAGCAAGGAACCGUACCCCUAAUCAUUUCUAUCGAUGGCUGAGUUGUUAUGACAUUGCGAACUAUGUCCUACUACUUGUGGACACAAUCACUAAUGAUGAAUUGACUAAGCUUGAGAGGGUGUACAUUCGGCAGUGGUCCCCAUUCCUUGACACUUCUGGUGUGCGUAAGAGUAACCGUCAGAAAGUAAACGGUAAGUCACUGGGUAAAAAUGAACGUGCACACCUGGG